AUGGCAGUAAAUGAUGAAAGAUAUGUGUUCAUAGUUGAAUGGUUUGACACUAGUGCAUCUUUAAUAAGGAGUUAUAACCUCAUAUACUUUAUGUCAGAUAAGACUAUCGAAAUGGUAUAAUUUUAAUUAAGGAAUCUAGUUUGAUUUGAAAAAUAAAAGAAUAUUCUUGAAAAGAUGUGAAUACCCAUCAAUAUAAUUGAAAGAUUUAUAUGUUGGAUCAAUUGUAACAGUUUAUUCAAGAUAAUUAAAAAUAGUGGAUUAUGCAGAUGUAUUUACUAGAUCUAAAUUUGAAGUAUAAAGAGGAAAGUAAAUAAAUUAUAUAAAUGUUAGAACAUUUGGUAUGAUUAAACCAGAUGCAUAUACACAUAUUGGUAAGAUAAUCACUGCAGUUGAAAGAAACGGUUUCGUAAUUGGUAAUUUGAAAAUGACAAGAAUGACAAUUGCAGAUGCACAGCAAUUCUAUGCAGAACAUAGAGUAAAUAAUAAAUAAAUUUGAAUAGGGAAAACCUUUUUUUGAUGAACUUACAUAAUUUAUCUGCAGUGAUUUUAUUGUUGGUUUGGAAUUGAUAGCCGAUAAUAGUGUUAAAAAAUGGAGAGAUUUGAUUGGACCAACUAAAUGUUAAGUUGCUAGAGUUGAAGCACCAAAUUCAAUGAGAGCUUUGUAUGGUACAGAAGGAGUAAGAAAUGCUUGUCAUGGUAGUGAUGCUCGUAAGUUAUUAAUUUUAUAAUUAUAUAGCUGGAUCAGCAUAAAGAGAAUUAGAUUUCUUUUUCUCUGAUAAAUCUAAUCUAAAAUCAACUGCUGUAUUUAAUAAUUGUACUUGUGCCAUUAUAAAACCACAUAUUGUAUUAGAAGGAAGAGCUGGAUAAAUUAUUGAUAUUAUAUUAAGUGAAGGCUUUGAAAUAUCAGCAAUGCAAAUGUUCUAUUUAGAUAGAGCUACUAGUGAAGAAUUCUUUGAAGUCUAUAAAGUAUAAAUAACAUAUUCAAAUAUUUAGGGUGUUUUACCUGAAUUUUAAGCUAUGUCAGAACAUUUAACAUCUGGACCUUGUAUAGCUAUGGAAAUUAGAUAAGAAAAUGCUGUAAACAUUAAUUUUAAUUAUUAGGUCAAAGCUUUUAGAGAUUUAUGUGGACCACAUGAUCCAGAAAUAGCUAAAACUUUAAGACCUUAAACAAUCAGAGCUAAAUUUGGAAUUGAUAGAGUUAAGAAUGCUAUACAUUGUACUGAUCUUCCAGAAGAUGGCAUACUAGAGGUGGAAUAUUUCUUUAAUAUUUUACAAUAAAAAUGAAA